ACGUCAAAUUGCUCAAUACGAUAAUCAUGGAAUCGGUGCAAAUGGAUCAUGUUGAUGUAAAACCGCAAAUUACUGCUUGCAAUAUCGUUGAAACCACAAUAGUUACAGGAACAUCCGAAUCACAGAAACCUGCAGAAAUUGAAAUUUUACCGGUUGUUUAUGAAAUAAUACGAAGUGUUGAAAAAGAUCCUGUGGAUAACGCGGCCAAGCAGAGGGAAAGUCACGAUUGCAGUCAAAAGGUACUAGAAUUGCAAAGGCGAUUAGAAAUAGCACGACGCAUAGUUCGUCAGUUACCCGGAAUAGAAUUUAGCAAAGAGGAACAAUUACGCCGUUUAGAAAGUCUUCGAAAACAAUUAGCAUUGAAACAACAACUAAUUAAGAAAUAUAAGAACGUGCAGUUUUAG